AUGAGCCAAGAACCUUCUGAAAUCAAACAAGACAACAUUCUUACCGAGGUGAUCGGUACCAUUAGGGCCUGUGCAGCACUUUCUGCUCAAGAUGUAGAUUUUUAUAAGAGUUUAGACCGUUCUAUAUCUGAGUCUUUGAGCGAAACGUCUGCAACUUUGCUCAAAUCGAUCAACGAUGUCCUCCUGUCUAUCGACGAAAACAAUGACACGAUCGAAGCCGGCGACGAAGGCCUUGAUAACGCUUGGAGGGACAUCGGAGAGGUGAUGGAUCUGUUAUUUGAGAAAUCAGAGACUUCCCUGAAUAAGGUGAAGAAAAAUGCCUCUUCACACAACAAUAACGACUCCAUUCAGUACCUGGAUGAUUCCACUGCCAUAGGAGAAGGCUCCCAAAAACGUAUUUCGAAGCCGCAGUUAAAUUUCACCACACCUGUCGAUAACACGGAAACCCAUCCCUUCAAGCCGCUUCUGAAAACGAAGCCCAACGCUCUGAAACCGUUAAAGGAAUCUCUACGUUUGGUGCCGGAAGAAGACGACAUUCCUGCACAUUACCCUCAACCAUACGAGUACGAAAUCGAGCAUCAGGAGUACAACGAUUCAGUACUCACCAAGAGCACACCUAUCCCAUCGUUGUCAUGGGAAGCGUCGGAAGCAACAUGGGUGGACAAUAAGAGCACACUUGACGCUAUGCUUCAAGUCUUGAAAAAAUCCAAAGAGUUGGCCGUCGAUCUGGAACAUCACGACUACAGAACAUACUACGGAAUCACAUGCUUGAUGCAGAUCAGCACAAGAGACCAGGACUGGCUAGUGGACACAAUAGCUUUGAGAGACGAACUUUCGAUAUUGAACGAAGUUUUCACUGACCCAAAGAUUACCAAGGUGUUACAUGGUGCGUUUAUGGACAUAAUAUGGCUCCAGCGAGACUUAGGACUGUAUAUGGUCAGUCUCUUCGAUACUUACCAUGCUUCGAGGCUGCUUGGGUCUCCAAAACACAGUCUAGCAUAUCUUUUGGAGCAUUAUGCUCGGUUCAAAACCUCGAAGAAGUACCAAUUAUCGGACUGGAGAGUUAGGCCUCUUCCAAGGCCUCUUUUGGCUUACGCCAGAGCUGACACACAUUUUCUGCUUAACAUUUAUGACCAACUGAAGAAUGCCCUGCUUGAGAAGGAUAAGUUACCUCAAGCGUUACACGACUCUAGAAAUGUAGCCAAGCGCCGAUACGAAUACACAUCCUUCAGGCCAAAGGUAAUCAGCUCAGCGGUUUACUCUCCCGUCGAGAAGGAAGAACCAUGGAGAUCGCUAAUGUUUCAAUACAAUGUUCCACCUGAAAAGGCGACUCUUGUCAAAAGACUUUACGAAUGGCGAGACUUCAUUGCAAGAAGAGAUGAUGAAAGCCCGAGGUAUGUUGCGCCUAACCAGCUACUUGUGUCGCUUUCCAUGAGCGCACCCACAGAUGCCUGGGCAGUUUUAUCGAUGGGAAGUUUUCUAACAGAUCACGUAAGAUCCAAUGCCAAAGCCCUUGGUCAGCUUAUCAAGCGUGCAUCCACUUCUGCUAUUGUUGAAAAACUCGGGGACUACAGUCCUGAAGACGAGAAGCUGUCACAUAAAACAAGCGUUAGUGAGAUUGAGAAAAACUAUUCCCGCUACAUCUCAUUAGUCCAGGCCUUCACGAGUCCGCAUGAAGAUAAACAAAAGUUGGAUGGCGGUUCGAUUUUGUUUGCAGGAAAGCCAAUACCGAAUGAGUCAUUCGUAGACUACCGCGGGACAGAAUUUGGAACGGUGAGCUCUUCAGACCUCAGAUUGCGAAAGUCCAAGAUCGCAGAUCAAACAAAGCUUGGCGAACCAGUCGAAACCGUGGCUUUCGAGAGACCAGAAAUUACGCAUAUCAACGAGCAAGGACCCGAAGUUGAAAAACCUGUGUUGAAAGAGACAGAGCCAAUUGCAGGAGAAAGCAAAGACGAUAUAAUUGUUUUGAGAAGGAAAAGAAAUGUUCCUAAAGCGCGGAAAGAGCCACUUGACCAAGCUACGUCUUCCGAUAAAGAGGUUUUGGACUUCAAGACAGCUAAUAAAGUGCUGGCUGCACCAACAAGCACCUCCACCAAGAACUUCAAGAAGAGAUUUGAUCCUUAUUCGUCAGAGCAUAAAGGUCCGGAAGGUGUCAAGAGGAGAAAGAAAACUAGAGGAUUACAGAAGUCAUUCAAAAGAUAA